AAGUGUAUUAUGUCGGUGGAUUUGGCUUUGAAAGAGUCUUUAAAAAAUGGGAAGCGAAAAGGGUAGAUGGGUGCAGACUCUGAAAAGAAGAAGCGACUCAAGAGAUGAUGUGGUUAAGGGAGAGAUCAUUGAUGUUCAAGGGAUUAAUGAAGAGAAGAUGGAUGAUUUACCUGUUGAUGUUGCUGAUGCAAUGGAUCAACCUAAAAAGGUGGAGAAAUCAAGUGGAGACGCAGGGAAGAAAUCUGGUCGACUGUGUUGCAAAUCUGCUGAACCGCUUAACUUUGAUAACUUCAAUUCAGCAACAGAUAUGGAGGUUUUGGGGAUGGAGAGAUUGAAGACAGAGCUUCAGUCACGCUGUCUGAAAUACGAGGGGACAUUGCGAGAGCUAGCUGCGAGGCUAUUUUUACUUAAAUCAACACCACUUGAUAAGCUCCUAAAGAAAUUGACGGCCAAGAAAUGAAGAACAACAUCCAACUCCAAAAAGAUUACACCCUUUUGAAGUUAUUUUGCUUGUAGUACAAUAAUAAUACAACCCACAAUGUGUAAUAUAAGCUGUAUUUUUCA